UCUGCUGUUCUAUCUAGAGACCCUGUUUUUUAUUAUCAUGUCAUAUUUUUACAGAUCUGAACAGACGCUGAAGAUCCUGCUGACGAUGUGUGUGUUUGGAGUUCUUCCACUAAAAACAGAUCAGUUUCCAGCAGCGCAGGGAUUCGCUUUCCUGCUGUAUCCAGUUUCAGUUGUGGGUCCGUAUCAACAACACACACUUCUGAUACCAGUGACCACAGCUGACCACAACACACAACUAACACACACUGCACCGGCAGACCACAGCAAGAUGAGCCAUCAACGCAUGUUUGAGCCUUUAAAAGCAAAUAGUGCGUUUCUUAAGUCUGUGACACGCUCCGCCCCUGUCCCUGCCCAUGGCUCUGCUCAUGGCUCCGCCCCCAGCCCCGCCCCUGAUCUUCACGCCCUCCCUUCGGAGUCUCCGGCUCUACAGGCGCAGAUGUCGAAUUUCCUCCCAUCAAACGUCCCUCAGCAGGUGUAUUCAUUCAUCCAGCAGGCUGUAAUUUCAGACUCCGACAGCUCAGAAGAAGGUGAUGUUGCUCAGGUGAUUUACAUGCUGCCCGUCAGUGUGGAAUCACCAAACAUGGGUGUGAUGGAGGGCACCAGCACCGACCCCGUACCCGGGCACCUUCAGGUCCCAACCUCCACCUCUGCCACACUGACUUCUGCCCAUCCUGAUGCUCAGGGACAGUUCAGGGGCACUACAGGUGCAGCAAGACGGGCACAGAGAGGCAUUCUGGAAGAAAAGAGUCUCUAAUAGACUAUAAACACAUCAAAAGUCACCCAACCGGCCAAUCAGAGCUGUCCAUUUCACACCCUCUGCUGCAGUUAGGGUUAUUCACUGUGAUAUUGUGAUUAAAUUCUCUUGCAUGUUGCUGUAGUACAGUACACAUCUCACAUUUAAAACUAUAACAACCAAAUCUAACCUGCACAUGAAAAUGAACACUUAGUAAAAACACAUUAGUGGAGAAUUUAUUUCCUUUUGAUUCUAGAUUAAUGAAAGCUGACUGGUUUCAUUAUUAUUGCCAUUUAAGGCAAAAAGGUUGAGAAAGUAAAAGAGAAAUGUAUAAGUGCUACAGAAACACACACACAUGUUAUAUAUUAUCAGAUAAACAAAACAAAUGAGAACUGCAUGGUGACUAAAUGAUGCUUAUCAAAACUAAACUUUGUGUUCCUUCAGAUAUAACUGGAGUUUGAUUGGAUUCAUGAUACGUCUUUAUCGGGACUGUGAGAACUUUCCAUUUCCUGUCAAAACAUUCAGUGCUGUCUUGUGUCCUCCCUAAAGUAACUAUAAGUGUUUGUAAAAACAUUUAUUGAUUCUAGAUUUAUUGAUGGGGCUGUAUUGAAAGUUUGAUCUAAAAGUACCGUGGAUACUGGUCAGUUAAAUGAGUGUCUUUCUCUCCAUGACACAAAUAAAAUGCUUUUAAUUUUG